GUAUUCAUUCCUAUUUCAUCAAAUUCUAAUCACAGAGGUCUAAAACUGAUUUGUUACAAGAAACGGAAAGUUCAAGUUAUUACCUCCACUUGACUUUUUCCUUUUUGCAGAAAGCUGCAAUUAAAAAGAUGGAUAUGCAAGCAUCAAAUGAAUUUCUUGCAGAAUUGAAGGUUCUGACACACGUCCAUCACUUGAACUUGGAGCGGUUAAUAAGAUAUUGUGUUGAGGGCUCCUUAUUUUUGGUUUAUGAGUACAUUGAGAACGGCUAUUUAAGUCAACAUUUGCGAGGCUCAGGAAGGGAUCCGUUAACAUGGGCAGCUAGAGUUCAAAUUGCUCUUGAUGCAGCAAGAGGACUGGAAUAUAUCCAUGAGCACACAGUUCCUGUCUACAUCCAUAGAGAUAUUAAAUCAGCAAACAUUUUGAUUGACAAAAACUUCCGUGCAAAGGUUGCAGAUUUUGGUCUCACAAAAUUGACCGAAUAUGGUAGUUCUUCAUUACAUACGCGUCUUGUGGGUACAUUUGGUUAUAUGCCUCCAGAAUAUGCACAAUACGGUGAUGUGUCCUCCAAAAUAGAUGUAUAUGCUUUUGGAGUUGUUCUCUAUGAACUCAUAUCAGGCAAGGAAGCUAUUGUCAAGAUAAACGAACCUGAAAAUGAAUCAAAAGGACUAGUCUCCUUGUUUGAAGAAGUUCUUGGUCUGUCAGACCCGAAUGAAGAUCCUCGUCAACUUGUUGAUCCUAGACUCUGUGACAAAUUCCCUCUUGACUCGGUAUUUAAGGUGUCUCAGCUUGCCAAAGUAUACACAUGAAAACCCUCAACUUAGGCCAAGCAUGAGAUCAAUUGUAGUUUCCUUAAUGACACUUUCAUCUGCAACUGAGGAUUGGGAUGUUGGCUCCUUAUAUGAAAACCAAGCUUUAGUACACCAAAUGUCUGGAAGGUAGAUCAUGGCCUGCUGACUCCUAGCAAGUUCCUUUGUGGGGACAUAUGGAAUCCCGGUUUCUGAACACCAACAUGCAUGAAUAUUUCAACCGUGAAUUUGUAAAUAGAAGUUAUAUAUCUAACAAUUUCUUUUUUGAAAAAAGAAAUAUGUUUAGUCACAGUGUUUGAUAAAAAUAGAGGUUAAUUUAAAUCAA